AUGAACGACGCGCUUCAGGCUCAGAGUGGGAACCCCGCGGCUGUUGCAGCGGCAGCGAAGCAGUCGGAGAGGAAGCGUCUCAAGCACCGCGAAUACGUCAAGAAGUCGUACAAGAAGAAACUCACGACACUGGAAAACCUCCGACGGGAAUUAAAUGCUUUGGAUCACCAGUACGCGUCCAUGUUGCUGCAGGAAACAGGAACAUGGCAGUACCAGCAGAUUAAGGGCGGAAACGCUCGUGCCACUACUAGCUUCCAGAGACCCACGAUGCAGAAAUAUCUCCAGGCCACGGGACUGAAGAAAUGGUAUCGAGAGGAGAACGACCGGUUGUAUCAGCUCAAUGCGUGUCACAUGAAAGUCGAGAGCCGGAUGGGGCAACUGUUCGACGCUUACGAAGCCACUAAAGUACCGCUGCACUGCGUCCCGGCUCCUUACCAGUACCACAUCUCGCCGCUUUGUGCUGCUGCGUACGAGGGAUUGAUUGACAAGGCGAAGAUUGACGUGCUGUGCUUCGCUCGUAACCCGGUGAAAGUCAGCACGGGAGCUCAAAUACUCGGCUGGACAGACAAGCGCGAGGUUCACGAGCGGAAGUUUGAGUUUGCGCUGCAAAAGGAGAUUGGAGUCUCACCUCUUGUCUUGUUGCAGAGGAGUUGGUCGAUCUUUUCGGAUCCCGUGGAGUUCUCGAAGAUCUAUGGCUCUGCGCUGGACGUGCAGUUUCACGUGCUGCAGCAUGUUGAUGAGAACACGAUUCUCAUUUAUCGACGCAUUGCACCGGCGGCAGAUGAUUCGCGAGUAGUCAAGAGUAUAUUUUUGCUUGCAAAGAGAGCUAUUCGCGAAGGGUUUAUGCUGCUCUUUCGGUCGGUCGACAAGGACCUUGUUCACUUCAGAGAGGUGGAUGUUAACGGCCAACCUCAGGAUUACAUGGACUCGACCUCGGCCCUCAAAUUGAUGAGGUCUGAAAUGUGGGUGGACAAGGACGUCUGGGUCCUGAUUCACAACGUCCCCAAAGAGCCGGAAAAGUGUUUGUUCCAGUUUGGCGGGGCCACUACAACCACGCUCUGGCUGCGAGAAGUAUUGUUUAUCGCGGUUCGAUGGGAGAACAUGGCCGUGGGCUCACAGUUCUCACUUACCGCCGAUUGA